UUGAUGCAGCAAUACAGACAAAGUAUAUUUAAUUGGAUAAUUGAAGGUAAAUUGGUGUAAUAGUUAAUAAUUAAACAUUAAAGAUGAGUGAGGAUGAAGAACGCAGUUUGACUAGAGAGGAGAUGCGGAUCAGACUUUACCAUUCAUUCAAGAGAAAGGGGGUGUUGGACCAUCUCAAGACGCAGCUCAGAAACCGGCUGAUCGUGGAGCUCCAGCAAGAUUCAGUUCCUCGUCCAUUAUCAGAUCAGUCAGAUUCUCUCUGCAUGCUUGCAUCUAACAGUCUGGUCGUCCACCAUUUACAGAACAGUAACUACCAGUACACGCUGUCUGUAUUUUAUCCUGAAUGCGGACUCAGCAAAGAAAAGGUGUUGUCAGUGAAAGACAUUCUGCAGCUUCUGAAAAUAAGUCCACAGUCAGCAGUCUACAAAAAUCUGGUUUCAGAUAUUCAGAAUGGACAGAACGGGUUGUUGGUGAAGGUGCUGUUGGAGUUAUUGGAUCAUCACGUAAAUUCAGAAGUUCAUGAUGCUGAAACCCAAACAUCGAACACUUUGGAUUAUUCACAGUCACUGGUGAGGAAGAUGCAGAUGAUUGAUGAAGAGUACGAGGUUCUGAGGCAGAGAGGAAGCCGGUGGGCAUCAGUAGAAGCUAAACUAGCCGAGUACAGAAAGGAGAUGGAGGAACAAACACAGACUGAGUUUAAAUCAAAGAUUCAACAUUUUCAGGAGGUGGAGAUAGCUCGAGUACGGAUGGAGGAGAAGGAAAAAUGUCGGCAGGAGGUUCAGGAGAUCAGGCGCCAACUGGAGAGAAACUAUGAGAUGAAAUCAGAAGCACUGAUGACCCGAGAAAAGAACGCUAUUGAGAGAUUACAGAAACAGCAGGAGAUAGAGGAGAAGGGGAUCUACGCUCAGCGUCAGGUUCUACUGAAGGAGAUUGAGUCUGUACGAAACAGAGAAGCUGAACUCUCACUCAGAAAUGAAAGUUUUCAGAAGUCCUGUAAGCUCCAUGAGGAGAAGAUGAAGAACAUGGAGGAACUGAUGAGGAAACGAGAACUGGACAUUCGCAAAAUGGAAGAAACCUAUGACCAGAAACUUAACAAUGAGAUCAAAAAAUAUCAGUUGGAACUUAAGGAGGAUUACAGUAGGAGAUCCGAAACCCUCGUCCAAAAUGAGAACAGAAAUAAAGAAGAGACAAUGAGGAUUCAACAAGAAGCUGCAAUUAUUCAUGUAAAAACAGAAGAACACGAAAGACUUGUUAAAGAAAUCAAACUACUGCAGGAGGAGUUGGCAUCGGCAAGAGUGAAAUUAGGAAGGUUGGAAAAACAGAAUGCAGUGCUGAAUGAGAAACUAGGGGGCGUCAGCGAUUACUCCACUCUGCUGAAUGAACGAAGGGAGCUGCAGGCUGAAGUUGUUCUACUGAAGAAGAAGCUGGUGGAAAGUGAGAAGCAAAAACAACAACUACACCAAGAGCUGAAAACUCCAUCACCAGAGCUGCUGACUCUUCAAGUCGAGCUGGAACGUCUGGAAACAGCUUGGCGUCAGGAUCAGGAGGAUUUUCACAACCGAAAGCAGAUCUUCCACACUCAGCUGGAACAGGAGGCGGAACGAUGUGCUCAGUUGAAGGUUCAGCUUCAGGAAUGUGAAGAAAGGACCAAGUGGAUGUCUGCACACACUGAGGAGAUCAAGCAGCAGCUACGACACACACAGCAAGCUCUAGAAAAUGAGGUCUUGCGCAACCCUAAACCCUCGGUUGUGGAUCAUUCCAGUUUUGAUAAUGUGGUUUCUUCAGACAUUCAUGUCAACGAUUACCAUGACGAGUUCAUUGACCCAGGAGCAACUAGGGGGUGGCGUCGCACACGGAACGAUGGUGCAGAAACGGUGACAGAAGCACUAACCAGGAUUCAGGAGCUGGAAAAAGAAGCGGAGGCAUUAGAGGAGGCGUACAAAAGCUAUAGAAGGAAGGUGGGCGUGUCUCAGAUUCCGAUUAGGGGCAGUUCCUCAACCUCUUCAGCCUCUGCGAUUUAUGUUAGACCGAACAACAAGGUGACCUUUGGUCUAGAUGAACCGACAGUUCAGUCUUCUGUCUAUGCAGAAACGGACCUAAACAAAGUUCCAACAGGUUGCGUGACCCCACCCACUGUGACAUCACCUCCAAUCAGACGGCUUUCCUCUACCCCACUCUCUGCCUUCAAAAUCAAGACUAGACCAUACGCAGAUCAAGAUGGAUCAGCAGUAACAUUCUCAGGUUCUCAGAGAGAUGAAGUUUCUCCAAUUCCUGCUGUUUAUUCAGCAGAAGAUGUAAAGAGCACCCCACCCAGCAGCCCUGAGCUGAGGAGCAUCGUACAGGAUAACCACAGUUCCUCUCAGGAAUCUUCACCCCAACCUGAAAAAAUCUGCAUUCAGGACCUGACCCAGCCUCAAACUGAUGUGCAGUACAGUUUGGAUGAGGAACAUGAGGAGGAAACACUCACUCAGCACAGACUAGAAGCAGAAAGAAGGGAUGGGCUUGAAGAUGAUGAAGAAGAAGGCAAAGGCGGAGAUAAAAGAUGGGAGGAAGAAAGGAGGAUGGAGGAAGAGAGGAGAAUGGAGAAAGAGAGGAGGAAGGAGGAAGAAAGGAGAAUGGAGGAAGAGAGGAUGAUUGAGGAAGAGAGGAGAUGGGAGGAAGAGAGGAUGAUGGAGGAAGAGAGGAGGAUGGAGGAUGAGAAGAGAUGGAGAGAGAGAGUGGAAGCUCAGGAGAGAGAGAAGAAAGACCUGGAGGAACUUCACCAGGAACUGCUCCAGCAGGAGGUUCUGUAUGAAAGAGCAAGAGUUGAUGAGGAGGACAACAGAGAUGAAAGGAUGGAGAAGAAAUUAUUGAAGGAAAAGGAAAAGAUUGGAGAGAAGAUGGUGGAAAUGGAGGAGAAUGAUCCUCAGAAUGAUCCACUACAUAAGUACAUGAUGAUGGUGAUGCAGAAUAGCGAGCAACACCAACACCAGAAUCACUGUGUUUCAGAACUCAAAAAAAGAAGAGUCAGAGAUACUAGAGAGUCCUGAACAGAUAGUGUUGUCUGAUCACCAAAAUGACAGUGUCGCUGCUCUUUCUAAUCAGGAGGCUGAUGAUGAUUUCUGGUGAAUUAUGAUGACAAUCAGUUAUAGUGCGCUUGAUUUAUACAGGACAGAUGUUUACAUACACCUCCACUCCACAGCUAUUUAAAUGUUCUCUGCAACUGUUCUGUUUCUGUGACUGAAUGAUUGGAACUUUUUUGCAUUCGAAAAAAAUCACACAUUAGUUGAUUGUGGAUUUUCCCAAUAUAGGGCAAAGUCAAAAGCUCCUAAAACACAGGUGUCACUGACCACAGCCGAGGCACUUUUACAUCACCAGAAGCUGCUGCAUAUGAACAAAGCUCCUGCCUCAAAAUUUACAUCACCAAGCUUGUAUGAGGCUGUGUACAUGAACAAAAAUGCAACAGGACUGUCUUUCUUCCAAGUCAGCAUCCAAACUCAUUCUGCCAUGAAGCUUGCUUGACUGUAGACAGUGACAUCUGUGUUUCGGCAGUUUCUAACUCAUUUUCAAUCUCUUUUUUUGAUUAUAUCUGAAGAGACCAAUGUUCCGUGUGUUUUUAAUGGAAAUAAAUUUUGUCGGUCAUGAUCAGUAAUGGGGAAUCAGGAGGCCAAAGUUAAGUGACAUCAUACAACUUUCUACAGCACCUACAAGCAUUCGUCAAGUGCUGUCUGUAUAUUCUGACUAAAAAGUUUAUGUUGCAGUUAUGAAGGCACAUAUGAAGAAGAGCUGCUGAAAUGAAUAAAAUUACGAGCAUCUUUCAGACGGCAGCGUCUUUACCACUGAGAGGAGUGAAAGCACCAAAAUGUUAUGAAUGAUUAACUUAGAAAACAAUGAAUUUAGUGAAUGAUUCAUUAUUCACAAUAUUUUAUUUUAAAUAUUUUAGUUUUAUUUAUUAGCUGCAGUCAGCUAAAUUGAAUUUGUACUUUUUAUGUAUUUUUUUUUUUUUUUACAUUUUUAAAUGUUGAAAUAAAAUUUUUGUCUUUUCAGUCUGAUUGU